GUAGUGAUGUCAUAUCCGUUGUCCAGGUCUCCACACCUCUCUCAGCAGUUACUCCCUUUAUCUAUUCCUUGGGUCAAAACUUUUGAGGUAGGCUGGCUAUAUAGCAGCGGAGGAGAGGGUAAACUGGGGCGCGCGGGUUGGAGGCGCUUCAGCACGGCGGCCAGCGCCCACUGCAGCCCAACCCACUCUCUUGAGCUCCCGGACUCCUAGCUCUGAGAAUGCCUGCGGAAUGAUCGCCCCCCAGGGCGGCUGCCGCCGCUGCCGCUGCUGCUGUUAUUGCUACUGCUGCUGCCGCCGCCUCUGCUUCCACUCUGCUCUGACUGGCAGGCAGAAAGUGCAACUGACGAGGGAAAGGUCUCUGCAGUGAGUGGAGUGCCUACAUAAAAGAGAGUAAAGAGGGGGCAAAAACCCAGAUCAGAAUGCAGGCGACGUCCAACCUUCUCAACCUCCUGCUGCUGUCUUUGCUUGCCGGCUUAGAUCCUUCCAAGGAUGGAAGUAAAAAGGCAGGACCUUGAGCAGUCACCUUGGAUCCCGAAAUGAAAGUGUUAUACUCAGAUUAGUCCUAAAGAAGGGUGGCAGGUGUACAGCUCAGCUCAAGAUCCUGAUGGGCGGUGCAUUUGCACAGUUGUUGCUCCGGAACAAAACCUGUGUUCCCGGGAUGCCAAAAGCAGGCAACUUCGCCAACUACUGGAAAAGGUUCAGAACAUGUCCCAGUCUAUUGAAGUCUUAAACUUGAGAACUCAGAGAGAUUUCCAGUAUGUUUUAAAAAUGGAAACCCAAAUGAAAGGGUUGAAGGCAAAGUUUCGGCAGAUUGAAGAUGAUCGAAAGACACUUAUGACCAAGCAUUUUCAGGAGUUGAAAGAGAAAAUGGAUGAGCUCCUGCCUUUGAUCCCUGUGCUGGAACAGUACAAAACAGAUGCUAAGUUAAUCACCCAGUUCAAGGAGGAAAUACGGAAUCUGUCUGCCGUCCUCACUGGAAUUCAGGAGGAAAUUGGUGCCUAUGACUAUGAGGAACUACAUCAAAGAGUACUGAGCUUGGAAACCAGACUUCGUGACUGCAUGAAAAAGCUAACAUGUGGCAAAUUGAUGAAAAUCACAGGCCCAGUUACAGUCAAGACAUCUGGAACCCGAUUUGGUGCUUGGAUGACAGAUCCUUUAGCAUCUGAAAAAAACAACAGAGUCUGGUACAUGGACAGUUAUACUAACAAUAAAAUUGUUCGUGAAUACAAAUCAAUUGCAGACUUUGUCAGUGGGGCUGAAUCAAGGACAUACAACCUUCCUUUCAAGUGGGCAGGAACUAACCAUGUUGUCUACAAUGGCUCACUCUAUUUUAACAAGUAUCAGAGUAAUAUCAUCAUCAAAUACAGCUUUGAUAUGGGGAGAGUGCUUGCCCAACGAAGCCUGGAGUAUGCUGGUUUUCAUAAUGUUUACCCCUACACAUGGGGUGGAUUCUCUGACAUCGACCUAAUGGCUGAUGAAAUCGGGCUGUGGGCUGUGUAUGCAACUAACCAGAAUGCAGGCAAUAUUGUCAUCAGCCAACUUAACCAAGAUACCUUGGAGGUGAUGAAGAGCUGGAGCACUGGCUACCCCAAGAGAAGUGCAGGGGAAUCUUUCAUGAUCUGUGGGACACUGUAUGUCACCAACUCCCACUUAACUGGAGCCAAGGUGUAUUAUUCCUAUUCCACCAAAACCUCCACAUAUGAGUACACAGACAUUCCCUUCCAUAACCAAUACUUUCACAUAUCCAUGCUUGACUACAAUGCAAGAGAUCGAGCUCUUUAUGCCUGGAACAAUGGCCACCAGGUCCUGUUCAAUGUCACCCUUUUCCAUAUCAUCAAGACAGAGGAUGACACAUAGGCAAAUGUGAUAUGUUUUCAUUGAUCUAAACAGUGUAAUUUGUGAUAAACUCUAUAGGACCCCUUCCAUUUUUUUUUUCUUCAUUAUUAUUUUUCAUCAUUUGUCCAAAGCAAAGCAUUUUUAUUGUAAAGUUGGUGUUUCAAAAAAAUAGCUGAGCUUGUCUAACUUACCAUGUUGGAAACACAUCUUAACUUCUAAAUUUAUAAGGCCUAUCAUGUCCUUGUCAUGAAAAGCACUAAAACAAAAGAGUUUAAGUGGCUAAAGUCAUAGUUUUGCAAGAGAUAAAUGAUCUGCCUUAUAUUAGAGUCAGAGACUAAUGGUGGCUUAAAUGCAUGAAUGUCUUUUUUUUUUUUUAACUGUCAUUUUUUUACUGUCUUUUGCUCCAUACCAGGAAAUAUUUUGGUAGGAAUUAGAAGAACAAAAAGCACUUUUACCCCAUCUAUUUCUUUAAAAAAAAAAAUGUAAGGAUUUCAUUUAUAUUGAAAAACAAUAUUAAUCAUUUUGUUGUUAACACAAUUCUCUGAUGCGGUGCUGUACAGUCAUUUUUAAAUCUCUUGCUAACAUUUUAUUGGCAGUAUGUAUUUCUACCAUUGUAACCACCAUUGUGCUAUUGUAUCUCUUCACUUCUGUGAAAGUAAUAUUUUUUUAUAAAAUACACUGAAAUUUAAUCUCAGUAAUUGAGUCCAUUUUCAAGUGUGGUCAAGAAUAAUCUUCUUGGCUUACCCCUUUACAUAAGCAUUAUAAACUAAAAUGAAAACUAAACCAGAUACCUUACAUAGAGUCUUUAUUUUACCCCAAGUUUAUUGGGCCACUGACAUUGAAUGCAACACCUCUUUUCGUACACCUGAGUUACUCUGCUCACUCCACUGAAUGCAACCCAUAUAGUUUUUUGCACAAGAUGCAGCUGGAUUCCAAAUAUUGGAUUUGAGUUGACUCUACUCAUUUCUUAUAUACUAAAGAAAUUUUGUUCUUCAUAGUUAAAUGUACUAGCAUUUAAUUUAUAAUUUACAUACAACUUGCAGUAAUGAAAUUCCUUAUGUCAGGACCCUGAAAAGUACAUAAGCACAUUUGAAAACUAUUAGAAAAAAAAUUUCUGUAAUGUCCUCUAGAUUUAGAUUAUGAGGCUUAAGGAGUUAUUGGCAAGAUUUGUGCAAAACAAAAUGAUGGGGAGACUUGGGAGUUGUCUUUGUGGUUUCAAAAGUGUAAAUAACCAAUUCAGAAAACAAAAUGGAAAAACAACCCCUUGUUACCUUGAUUCACUGUAUGUGGAAAAAUAAUGUAAUCGAAAGGGAAGAGCUUUAAUAAUACUUACAUUAAUAACUCUACAAAACAUAUAAUCAAACUAUAUAUCAAACGUUUCAUUGAGUUUGACUGUAUUUUUCACAUAUUAAAAAAAUAGUUCCCUAAGGCAGCUUUAUGGAAACUAAUAUGAAUUUUUUUUUCAAUUUAAAAAGUAUAUUCUAUAAUAAAUAAUAAAACAUUGUUUUAAAUAUUUAGUUUCACACAUACAUAGUACCACAAUUUUCUUUGAAAGAUAAGGAUGUAACAAUUUAGAUAAAGCAUCAUGUAAAGAAAUCCUAAUAUGUAAGUGUAAUUCAUUUCAAAUGUCACAAGUAAAGCAUCAUCCUCAAAUAUUUCACUGUCAAAAUUGUAGAAUUAAAUGACCCAAUAUUGAAACUGUCAAA